UCCUAAUAUUGAAAAUUUAAAUGUAAAACCCCAAGUUGAUGACCAAUUGUGUCAAAAACAUUACAAUGAAUUGAUUUUAUAUGAACGUAGUAAAUCCAAAAUGGUUCAAAAACAAAAAAUCAAUAAUGAUAAAAGUUAUCAUCAAGGUGGAAAGU